AUGUGGUGCUCGACUUCGAAAACAUUGAAACCUGACAAUAAAUGUUCUCAGAAAUCAUGGGAUCUUCCGUUGAUUGAUUUGUCUUCCAAACAUCUCCUUGACUCAGCUAAAAACUCCCCAUUUGAAAAGGCUCGUCUCAAGGCAGUAAGCACAAAGGAAUCUGGAGCAUGGCUUAAUGCACUUCCUGUUGCAUUCCUUGGAACAUUAUUGGAUGAUGAAUCUUUCAGGAUAUCUGUAGGCUUACGUCUAGGUUGUUCAAUUUGUACAACACAUAUAUGCAGAUGUGGAUCUACCGUUAACGAAAAGGGAGUUCAUGGUUUGAGCUGUAAAUUCAGUGCAGGUCGUUUUCCUAGACACUCUACUGUUAAUGAUCUGAUUAGAAGAACUUUGACAACUUCGGAUAUUCCAGCUGUUUUGGAACCCUUGGGAAUCAGUCGUGAUGACGGAAAACGCCCGGAUGGGAUGUCUCUCAUUCCAUGGAGUCACGGAAAACCUUUAGUAUGGGACUUCACAUGCGUAGAUACAGUUGCUGCUUCACAUAUCGAUUCGACAUCAAAAAUCGCCGGAGGAGCAGCAGAUUCAGCUGAAAAAAUGAAGUUGAAAAAAUAUUCUACUUUGAGGGACCAAUAUAUUUUUUAUCCUGUUGCCAUAGAAACUUACGGAUCUUUUGGCCCCUAUGCUACUGAAUUAUUCAAUCUCAUUGGAAGGAAACUCAUCCAUAAAACUGACGAUAAAAGAGCUCGAUCUUUCCUGAUUCAGCAGAAGCUUUGGUCGAACGAUCCUUCGAUCCGAGUCGUAUGUUUGGACGAUCUGAAACUUCGGAUUCAAAGGUUCGCACCUCAAUUCAGAGGCUCCUCGCAACAGGAUGCACAAGAAUUUCUUUGUUACCUGCUGGAGGGGCUGCACGAGGACGUCAACAUGGCCGUAGAUGAACCGAACCCGAACCCAAAGCCAGUACUUAUGGAAAUCGACAAAUCAUUCAGUUUUAAUGUCGACGCAAUGGAUUCGUGGUCGAGAUUCUUGACAAUGAAUAAAUCUAAGUUCGUCGAUAAUUUUGUCGGGCAGUUGAAGUCUACUUUGAGAUGCACCUUCUGUGGAUAUUGUUCGGAGACAUUCGACCCAUUUUGGGAGUUGUCUUUACCGAUACCACAGCGAUCAGGCCAACUCAGCUUGUCACACUGCUUGGACUCGUUUACGAGUGUUGAGAUUUUAGACGGCGAGGAGAAACCAACUUGCUCGAUGUGUAGAGAGAAAAGAAAAUGUUUGAAGUCAUUAUUCAUCAACAAGUUCCCAAAAAUUUUAGUUAUACAUCUGAAACGUUUCUCGCAGACUGUAGAGUUCAGUGAGAAACUUAACACAUUUGUCGACUUCCCCUUGAUCGGCUUGGACAUGAGCCCCUAUGCAGCUGAAGAUAUCGUACCAUAUCCUUACAAUCUGUACGCUAUCUCAAACCACAGCGGUACUACCUACAGCGGACACUACACAGCCUACUGCAGACAUCUAUAUACGAAAAUUUGGCACGAAUACAAUGAUUCCCUGGUUUCUUUAAUUUCGUCGAACUCUCUCGUAAGUGGGGAUGCUUAUAUUCUUUUUUACCAACAAGAGGCUCACCCCAAAUUCGAACAACGUGAUGUUGACUCUGUGAAGAGCUACUGCUCCGUAGCUGAUCCCGAUAGCACCCUUCGUACAGUCCACUAUUCCGCUGAUAACCACGACAUGUUCAACACAGUCGUGGAGAAGCAUGAAUCUCCAGUUUACCUAGCUCCAGCUGCACACUCUGACCCAGUAGAUAUUGUAUACUCUGGUCCAGUACUGAAUGUGAAAUCCGGCGAGUGUGGCACUCAGAGUUUUCCGGGAAGAGGAGCCGGAUCUAUGAAAUGGCAUUUUAAGUUGGAUUAG